GGAGGGGUGGGUAAUGUCCCAGGAGAGAACAGGUCACAUGUAAGGGGGGUGGUCGAGACACACAGGGGUGUGAAGAAUAGGUGGGACAGAGAGAUGUUUAAAAGGGCACGGUGGAGCAAUGUAAAAGAAGACAGGAUAGAAAGAUGGGGACGGCGCUAACAGAUGGACUGAAGAGGGAUUAUGGAUGCUCUUGGUAGAGUGUGACACCAAUUUCCAAGGAAAGGCAGGAAAAGGAGGAGAUUUGGGCAGGCUUGUACCAAAAAAAGAGGAAAAGCAGAAAUAAUCGCAAAAGGAUAAGGAGGGAAACUGCAUGCUGAAUCAAACAGACGAGGACCUUCUGUGGCUAACAACUGCACAGAAGGUGGAAAAAGAUAAAAAUUAAUGGAUCGAAAUAGGGAGAAAGUAUUACGGUGGACAUGAUGUAAGAAGAUUAAUGUGCACAGGUUCUUCCCUGAUCUGACCCUCUCCUUUAAUAACUCCACAUCUUCAUUUAUCCUACCAUCUGUCACAGGGAUCUCUUAUUUAUUUCUGCUUUAUAUAAUUUUCUCAUUUUCAUUCUCAUCCCCAAAGAUUUCUUGUGCUUGGUUACUGAUCCCUGUUUGCCCUUUAUAAAACCUGCUCUGCCUUCCCUUUGGGUAGCAUGUUGGACCACAUGUCCAGGCGUUCUCGCUCCCUGCUCUCUCUUUUCCUGACCUCCCUUGCCCUCGCUUUAUCUGUGCUGGCUUUCUGUACGUCUUACUGGUGUGAAGGAACGCACAAGGUGGUCAAACCUCUCUGCCUGUCACCUGUCAAGAUGAAGAACUGUGGCCAGAACAACAGUGAACCUUACACUACAGAAAGCCCCACCCCGGAUCCACGGAACCCAUUACCAACUUUAUCAUCAAAGCGAAGGGAGGAACUGGCCAGGAUUCGACAAAGACAACUGGCCAAUGCAGUGCACUACAUUUGGGAGACGGGAGAAGACAAGUAUACCUUCAGAUAUUUCCACACAGGAUUUUGGGAGUCCUGUGAAAAACAUGCUGAUGGAGAACGAUGUCGCCGGUUCUUGGAUCUUACUCCUGGAGAGACUCAUGGUGUUCUGUGGUUGUCAAUGAUUGCUGAGUUCAUGUACAUCAGUUUGUUGGGCAUGGGCUUUCUACUCAUGUGGGUGGAAGUGUUGUGUGCUCAUAAAGAAAUGCAUGCACUCAAAAUCAACGCUUUCGCAGCCAUAUGUACAGUGCUCUCAGGGCUGUUAGGGAUGGUGGCUCAUAUGAUGUACACUACUGUAUUUCAGCUAACUGUGAUUGUCGGGCCCAAAGACUGGAGACCUCAGACGUGGGACUACGGCUGGUCAUUUGCGCUGGCAUGGGUGUCUUUCAGCUGCUGCAUGGGUGCUGCAGUUAUGACCCUUAAUUCUUACACAAAAACAGUCAUUGAGUUGCGUCACCGCCAGAGGCUUCGAUUAGAGGAAGCCCGCGCUACAAGCCACGCUCCGUCCUAUGAUGAAGUGGUUCCUGGAGGUGGGCUGUACUCUGUUAGUGGCCUAUUACAGUGUCCAAAUGGGAUGAUAGACUCUAUGUGGGCAUCUGAUAGGAGCAUGGGACUGGUGCAAGAGAGGGAUGUGCCCACCCUGGUUUUGGUUGGAGGAUGUGGACAGGAUUCGUGUGAGGACUGCGAGAGAGAGAUGGAUGAGAUGAAAGAGGCCAUGAAUGGAAUAGAUUCUCCUUGUUAAACAUGGAUGAUGUGAGUUGAAGGGAUAGUUCAUGCAAAAAUGAAAAUUUUGUCAUUGUUUAGUCACCAUCAUGUUAUUUCAAACCUGUAUGAUGGAGCCCAGUGGAUGGAGAAGAAAAAAAUCUUAAAAUAUCCACAGAAGAAGCUCAUACAGAUUUGGAAUGACCUGAGAGUGGGUAAAUGAUGAGUUUUCAUUUUUGGGUGGAAUUUCAUUGUAAUUAGUUUUUACAACAAAGGCCUUGUAUGUUUUGUUUGCCUGAUUAACUGACUGACUAGCAAAAACUGUCUAUGCAAAAUGUCUGUAUAGAUGAUUUUUUCAGGUAUGUCUGUGGCUGAAAUUCAGUCAGUAUGAGAUACUGUACUGUGUGUAGACACACAGUAGGUGUGAGGAUGUUAUCAUCUUCUGUGUGUGAGUAGAUUUACAAGUGUGAGGAUUCUGGGAAAUGUCAUUUAUAUAUUGAAAGGUAUGAGAUUUUUGAGUGGAUUACACUGAGAUUACACUGAGACAAAGCCUGUGUUAUUUUCUUGUUUUAUUUUAACCAGAAAGGUUUUCUGUUACAUUUCAGAUUUCUGCUGUAUCGUAUAAAAAACUAAUAAACAAUCUAACA